AUGAUCCGAGAAGACCCUUUUAUUUCUGACAUAUCAGACACUAAGGAGAUAAUGCCCCAGAAUAAUGAUGCCUUCUACAGUUUUGAUGACACUGCACCCAAUGACAAAACUGCUGAGAAGUUGUUUGAGCAAAAGAAGCGCUACGACCUAGCUCACCUGAGGGUACGAAUGUUCGUCGAGCGUCUGUGGGGUUCCUUGGACCUAUACAGCCCAGCAGGGCGCGACAAUGCCUCACUCUUUCAAGACUUGUUCUACGGAUGGGUUUACCGAACGAUAAAAAUUGCAGCGAGGGAAAACCUACACGAGGAUGUGCUGCCACCCCCAACGUACAAGAGCCGUGCGCGUGUAUGUGGUAUGAAGCUAUCGUCUGCGAUUCGAGAUGGGAUGUAUGUGCGGAACGCAUGGAGUUGCCUGCUGGGUGCGGAAGUCGUAAGUCGUCUAGACGCUAUGAGCAGGGGGACACUGCGAUGGGUUGGGGUACCACAGCAGGGCGGCUAUACGCGAAUGAUGGCAGGUGUGGAGUGGAAAGUAGCUCCCGCCGUGCGCCUCGCGCAACAGUCAGCGAACACUGGGGAGUCUCCACUCUUCGACGGCAUAGUGCACGGUGAGCAUCUUUUCAAUCCUACACGGCCACAGAUGUCAACAUUGGAAGAAUGCACCAGCAUCGAGCUCAUGUUCGCACCGCGCUCAACGGGGUUUGGGAAGACUAUCCCCGUGCCAAAGCGGCUAGCCACCUUUAAAAGCAUGGUAAAAGUGUUGCCGGAGUUCUUUUGGUGUCAGUUCCCGCUAAAGUUAUUCAGCGAUAUCUUCACUCUGUCUAUACCGUUUAUUCUGAAAAGCUACAUAAAAUUUCUGGGGGCAAACGACAAGAACAUGUGGAUUGUCGGAGCGGCUUUGGUAUUUGUUUUUUUUAUUGUACAGUUGCUUCGGAGUUGCAUGUUGAAUCGGUACUAUUACUGGAGUAUUGAGUGCGGUCUUCAGUAUCGCUCAGCCCUGUCUAUACUCCUUUUUGAAAAGUGCUUCUUAAUUUCGAAAAAGGCAAUGUCACAUCCUGAUGUUAAUACAGGCCAUAUUAUAAACCUUGUCAGUACUGAUGUUGAAAAUGUAAAUGUGUUCAUACAACACAUUAUGUAUUCGUGGAGCUCACCGUUCCUGUUUAUCGCUGCAAUCGUGCAAAUGAGCUACCUGGUGGGUGCGUGCUGUCUGAUGUGUGUCAUUGUUUUCUUGGCGUCGAUUCCGCUUAUGACGUUUUUGACUAAGUGGCAGGUCCAAGUAUCUAGGAAGCGUGUACUGGCGACUGACGAACGUGUGAAGGUGACAAAUGAGUUUUUUUCUGGAAUUCGAGUUGCUAAGUUUGUGACGUGGGAAGCUAAGUUUAUUAGUAAAAUUGAGGCGAAGCGAGCCACUGAAGUUCGCUACCUAAAGCAACUUCAACUCAAUAAAAUAUUGUCAUCCCUUUUGAAUACCUCCAUCCCAACACUGAUGAUUGCGAGUGUCUUUGUGAUGUAUAGUGCGUUGGGAAAUCAAAUCACACCGACGGUUGCUUUUCCUACGAUAGCACUGUUAGGACUUCUGCGUAUGCCUUGCAUGAUGAUCCCGUACGUUGUCAAUAGCGCGGCCCAAUUCAUUGUGUCCAUGGAACGUAUAACAAGGUUCCUUGAGUGCAGCAAUGAAGAAUUGUCUGCAGUAAAAGACAUAGAGGAGUUUUACCAGCAGCCGAGUGAAGGAUACAGCAUUAUGUCGCAACUGGCUGUCGUGCUUGAACACGCAAGCAUCACGGCAUACAUUCCGAGGAAGCUGCCAGAAGUGCCCAGAGUAAAAAUGUCGAUGCUAAGGAGGUUGGGUCGCCUGGUGUGCAGCGAGUCAUUCAGGCCGGCGAGGUGCCACCCCCCGCCUUCAGCGACUCUGGAGAAUAGUGAGCCCGCGUCGCCCUUGAGCCCUGAGACCGCUAAUGACGCUGCAACGAUAAAAAAGUCGUCCCAGCCCAAGGGAUACUUUGAGGUUCUGCCGAGAGAGCUGUUACACGACGUGAACCUUCAGGUACCGAUGGGCAAGCUGACAGUUGUGUUUGGCUCGACGGGGUGUGGCAAGUCAACGCUGCUGCAGGGUAUAUUGGGCCAACUCGAAGUGAGCAAGGGGUACGCAUGGGCGGUCAAGAAUAUAGCAUACGUCCCACAGCAGCCAUGGAUAAUGAACGCGUCGCUGCGUGAAAAUGUAUUGUUCUUCGCAGAGGAAACCCCACGCCUUGCGGAGGCAAUUCGCGUGUCGCAAUUGGUACCAGAUAUCGAACUCUUGGACAGCGGUCUGGAGACCGAGAUCGGUGAAAAGGGUGUCAAUCUGAGCGGUGGGCAGAAGGCACGUGUGAGCCUUGCCCGCGCCGUGUACGCCGAACGCGAGAUGUAUCUUCUGGAUGAUCCUCUGUCUGCUCUAGAUGCUCAUGUUAGCGAGAGGGUGUUCACGGAGUGCAUUUUGGACCGGCUUGCUGGCAAAACACGCAUCCUAACAACCCACCAGUGGCAUACGGUAGAGAAAAGUGACCAUGUUAUUGUGCUGGAGGAUCGGCGUGUGGCGUUCUCCGGGGAGCGUGCCGAGUUUAUGGAGUCUGAGAUGUACCGCAGAAUCGUCACACGAAGUGUCGAGGAAGACAAGAAAAAUCACAAGAAGGAAAUGAGUAGAAAGGAUCAGGUGUCAGAAGAGAAUGUCAUGAAUGGCGUCAUAGAUGCUGCACCUAAUGACCAUGCCGAUCGUCAAUCCAGUAAGGUGGAUGCUGACAGAGGACGUCUUGUAACAGAAGAAGAGAAAUCAAAGGGUUCCGUUUACUGGAGGACAUACAUGGAGUACGCCUUUUUUUGUGGUGGCAAGCAUUUUGUGAGCCUUAUAAUUGUGAUGUUUGUAAUAACUGAGAUCCUCAACGUAUCGGCUUCUGUGUGGUUGUCUUUCUGGUCAACGAACCACUUUCAUAUGGAGCAGUCAUCUUACCUUGCUUUAUAUAUUGUAUUCAUUAUUCUUGGGCUAGGAGUUACUCCGUUGCGCUUCACCAUGAUCUUUAACGCCGCGCGCCACGGCUCGAUUAAUAUGCAUCGAGCAAUGUUACGAGGACUGUCGAUAUGUACAAUGGGCUUUUUUGACAGCACACCACUUGGUCGCAUUCUCAACAGAUUUUCUCGUGAUGUCGAUGUGAUCGACAACGAACUUCCAUUUUCAAUGGUUACGGCCUGGCAUACGGUAUUCACCAUCGCUUCAUCUGCGCUUAUCACUUCUGUAGCUCAACCUGCUCCUUUUCACUUUGGCUUAUUUUUCCAGUCCAAGAAGGUAUUUUUACAUAUUAUUGCUUUUUUUUGUAUUUGUGAAACAAAGGCAGCAUUAGUUUGUGUACAUACACAUACAAUAAAAAAAAAAGCGAGUAGUGUAUACUUUAACAUUUCCUUCAUUACUUUUUGA